AUGAACAAAAAGGCUAAAAUAUCGAAGUAUUUUUCUGAUAUCGGAUUUAUAAAGAUAUUAUCUUUUUUAGCAAUGCUCAAUUUGUGUUCUUCGUUUGAAAUUAUUAUUGCUCAAAAUGAUAUGAACAGGUUCAAUCAAAUUUGAUUUGAAGAAACAAAAUAUCAAUUUGAGUCAGUUGUCGAGUGGUAUCAAUGCGAUUAUUCUUUAAUUUCAGACUGAGUUAAUUCACAUCCAAAUGCCAUUAUCGUUCUUGAUUUAUCAGAAAGUUUUGAAACACAAUUGAGCCUUUCUCAAUUAUGCAAAGAAAAUAAUAAAAUUCAUUUGGUUCCUCAGAAAAAUCAAGAAUCUCUUUACGACGAAUGGACAUAUAGUAUCUCUCCAUCAAACUCAGCCCAAACCGAUGCAUAUUUUGCGGCUUUAGCUUACUUUAAUUGAACUCAUGGACUUGUAAUCACUGAUAAAGAUCAUGCAUACAUCAAGCAGAAAUUUCUAGAGUAUUCACAAACUUUUGAUUAUAUAACUAUAGAAUCGUCAGCAUGCCUUGAAAAGGCAGUAAAAAGAGCUAUCAAGCCUUUAGGAGCAACUUUGUAUUACAUUUUUGCAAAUUCUGUUCUCUCAUCAAAAAUUCAGGAGACAUUGAAAUCCAAAAAACUCCUUUUAAAAGGAGAUGGGAUAUUGCUAACCCAAAAUAGCUGCUAUGACUGUAAAAACAAUGGAGCAAUUAUUGUGACUGCUGUAAGGCAAGAAUAUGCUAGCUCUCAAGAAAAUCUUUUAAUUAGUUUUCUAGAAAAUUUAAUUCUGUAUUUAUUGAAUCAAACAGCAGAAACAACUGAAGAAAUAAAACUUUUGCUGAAGAUAUAUAGUGAGAAAAAACAAUUUUCUAUUGUAAAUAUUCAAGACAAUCAAAGGCAAAUAGUUGGAUCAGUCUCUGCUGGAUCAGUAACAAUCUCGAAAACCUUGAUUUUCCCUGGAAAUACUACUGACGUGCCCAAAUCAAAUAAAAAGAUUUUGCACACGACAGUUUCUGGAGGCUCUUAUAACCCUGGAGCUCCUCCUCUAUAUGUCGCUCCUCUUUUAUAUUAUUGCGCUUACACAGCAUGAAGUUUAAUUAAUGAAGGUGCACUUGGAAUUUUAGCACAUUUUCAAAUAAACUAUUUUAUUUUUGAUUGCGGUUCUGUUACUUAUGAUAAAGAAUUGACACCAGCUUGCUUUGCCAAAGAUAUAGAUAAAUUUGGGCUUGCACACAUAUCACCGCCUAGCUCUUUAACGACUAUUGCAGAAAUUAAUUUUUUUAAAAACUUUAAUUUAACCAUCCCAGUUGUUGGGUCAGAUUCUAAUGAUUAUUCAUUGAAUUCUACGUCACUUUAUCCUCUGUUUACAAGAGUAAUUGUAUCAAACCGCUAUCUUUUAUCGCUGAGUUUGCUUUUAUUUAGAGCUUUAGGAUGAAGGAAAAUCUGUGUUUUAUAUUCAGAUGAUGUAUCUUCGAAAUCAGAAUAUUUAGCACUUAUAAGCAAUGCAGAGCAAUAUGAAAUAGAAAUUUUAAAUUCUGAAAACUUAAGGGCGAUACCUGAAGAUCUAAAUAGAACUAGUAUAAAAAAAUACUCUGGAACAUUGAAGAAAGCCAUGGAUACAAAUGCAAGACUUCUAGUUUUAUUUUUUAUGCCACCUCCAUUAUAUUAUGUCAUCGAAGAGCUCUAUGAUUUGGGCUUAAGAAAAGGAGAUCUCCUUAUUUUUGUUGCAAAGGAAGCAAUAUUUCCAACGAGAAUAUACGAUGAUAAUGCUGAUGAAUUAAAGAUUAAGGAAACUGGAGUUCCAAUGAUAUCUAUUAGUGGGCGAAAUUGAGUAGGUAAGGUUGGGGAAUUUGCUUACUCGCAGAUAUUAUCUAGAUAUAAUGGUUUUCCACUUCCCAGUACUUGCUCUAGUUAUGAUGCAGCAUAUUUAAUAGGGAUAGCUUUGGACUACAUGAUAAACCAAGGAUUUGAUUAUUCUGAUCCUUACCAAUUAAAUUUAACAAUCAGAGCUCAAAAGUUUACCGGGUGCACAGGAAUAGUUUCUAUUGACAAAAGCAGCAACGAUAGAGUUAUGGAUGCUUUUGAUAUAAUGACCUGCAAAAUAGAUACAAAUUCUGGAAAUGUGACAACAUACAAAGUGGGAGAAUUUCGCCCAUUCGGCAGCACAAUGUUGAGUAUUAGCACACCUCUCAUUUAUGGAGAUGGAACUACAGUAAAGCCAGAUGACCUAAGAAACCAAAAUAAUAAAUGCCCUUUCCCUGAUAAGUUGGUAAGAGCAUUUGCUAAAGGAAGAAUUAUCGUUUUUUCUAUCUGCUUUAUGUUUGCUUUAGUAUCUUUAGCUGUCACAGCAUAUAUAGCGCUUUCCCGAGGAUGGCGCCAUCCUCGGGAAAGUCAACUAAGCAUCCACACGGGAACUGGGAGUUCCAGGCGUGGAUGCCAUUUUUGACAUGUGGGAUCCAAACUUCCACAUGUCAAAAUGGCAUCCACACGUGGAACUCCCAGUUCCCGUGUGGAUGCCUUCCUGGCUUUCCCGAGGAUGGCGCCAUUCCGCGCCAUCCUCGGGAAAAGCGCUAUAUAUGAAAAAAAUGAUGAAAUAUAGCCAUUGAAGAGCUUAAAGAAAAGCAAGAAAUGUCGCUGCAAGAUAUUAUUGUUGAGAUAACCAUAGGCAUUGAAUUUUUCCAGUUUGCGGCCAUGGGACCAGAUAUAACCCCAAUAAAUAGCAUCCUAGCAAAAAUUAGUAGCUCUCUUUCUUUCAGCUUGGAAAAUAUCUUUGCUCUCCAGAAAGGGAUAUUUUGAAUUCUAAUAGAUGGAGUCUUUGGGGCUAUUUUAUUUUGGCUAGUUUUAUGCUUAGUUGUUCUACUCAGAUUAGAUGAAAAAUACCCCAGUGUGACAGCUUUCAGAUUUUUAGCUUGGCUUGCAGACUAUUUAAUGCCUAUUUUAGGCGACUUGUGCUUUAUGAACCACUGGCUACUCUGUGCAGACCUUUGUGGCAAGAAUUGCAGCACAUGGUACAUAUACAUACAGCUCCUCCAUUUUUAA